CAACCGUUAUCACCUAUGAAAGAUAAAAAUGAUAAGUUACCUAUAUUAUUCCCUUCAAAAAGGUGCUAUGGGUUUAUUGAUAAAUAAUCAGAAUGGCGAAACAGAACAUUAACUUCGAUUAUUUUUGGCGAGACUAUAAUGAAAUUCUCCCUGAUGAUGCCUAUCCUGUAGGAGUUGAUACACUCCUGUACACUGAUGUUGACGUUGGCCUGGCGUCCGUAGAAGAAAUACCUGGGGUAUACCCUACAGCAAUAAGACCAGGAAAAACCGUAGUUGUACCGAUAGAUAGACGAAGAGAAGCCAGCAAAUUUAAACAGAUCCUGUUGUACACAGGAUCUAAACAGCCUGAACGUUUGAAAUGGAUGACUUCUGGCGCUGCCUUACUUAGCUCUAUCCCAAAAUCAAACCACCUUAUUUUAGCGGGCAUAGAAGGCAGGAAUCGUCUAUACAUCGGCAGACAAAGAGACCAAGGUGAAAUAGUCAUUGGGAAAAUCCUAACUGACGAUGUGAACAAUGUUUUGAUGUGGUAUGCGAAUGACCAUACUGAGGCAAGUGUCUCUACUUAUGAGAUUCUGACUUAUGACACCAGUGUUAACGUCGAUUUUGACAUAAAAUAAAAGAUAAAAUAACAACAUAAAAUAUAUUUUAAGUUUAUAAACCUAGCUUAUCGCUCUAGUAUUACAAGGAAAUGUUAAACAUUCUGGAAGUGAAAUUUAAUAGUAUCAUUAUCUUAUAUUAAUAUAUCUUCUAUCUUAAAUAUACCAUGGUACAAAGCAAUGUGUUCACUACCAAACAAUGUUUGACUUCAACAAAUAUUUGGACUGCUUCUAGAGUAAAAUUUUUGGUUAAUUAUGAUCAUUCAUUCAAUUUAUAGAGUAGUAUUUAGCUGUUUUAUAAUUCGUUAAAAAAAUUUAGGCUAUUUGACAUUGUAUUUCAAUUUUUUAUAUUAUUCCAUUUAAUAAACAAUUUAUUAAUCAUACAUAUAUUAGGUGUAAUUGAUUUGGAAAUAAGCCCAUAAAGAUAAAAUGAAUAA